GCGGAGCUCCGCAUCCAGCCCGCGCCGCCGCCAACUUCUCUGGAUGGGACCAGAAGUUUCUAGCCGGCCAGUUGCUCCCUCCCUUUAUCUCCUCCUUCCCCUUUGGCAGCGAGGAGGCUAUUUCCAGACACUUCCAGCCCUCUCCGGCCACGUCACCCCCUCCUUUAAUUCAUAAAGGUGCCCGGCGCCGGCUCCCCGGACGCGUCGGCGGCCUGCAAGCUCCUCGCUCCGGCCGCGGCCAGCCAGCCCCCCUGGGCGCCCGCCAGCCCGACCGCCGCGCAGCCCCCCGGCCCGACCCCGACCCCGACCCAGCAUGAGCGCCGCCACCCACUCGCCCGUGGUGCCGAUGGCGUCCGGCAACGGCGACCGCGACCCGCUGCCCCCCGGCUGGGAGAUCAAGAUUGACCCGCAGACCGGCUGGCCCUUCUUCGUGGACCACAACAGCCGCACCACCACGUGGAACGACCCGCGCGUGGCCCCCGACGGGCCCAAGGAGACCCCGGCCUCUGCCAAUGGCCCAUCCCGGGAGGGGGCCCGGCUGCUGCCCACACGGGAGGGCCACGCUGUGUACCCCCAGCUCCGCCCCGGCUACAUUCCCAUCCCCGUCCUCCACGAGGGCGGUGGCGGCGGCCGGCAGCCUCUGCACGCCUUCCCGCAGCCCGGCCCGCAGCGCUUCCGGGCCGAGGCCGCCGCCACGGCCCCGCAGAGGUCCCAGUCGCCGCUGCGCGGUGUGACGGACGCCACCCAGCCUGACAAGCCGAGCGGCCCGGCCCAGCCCCCCGCCUCCCAGGGACCUGAGCGAUCCCAGUCUCCGGCCGCCUCUGACUGCUCCUCGGCGUCGUCCUCGGCCAGCCUGCCGUCGUCGGGCCGGAGCGGCCUGGGCAGCCACCAGCUGCCGCGGGGCUACAUCCCCAUCCCGGUGAUCCACGAGCAGAACCUGUCGCGGCCGGCAGGCCAGCCCUCCUUCCACCAGGCCCAGAAGACGCACUUCCCCGCGCAGCCGGCCGAGUACCAGAGCCACCAGCCCGUGUACCACAAGGUCCAGGGGGACGACUGGGAGCCCCGGCCCCUGCGGGCAGCGUCCCCCUUCCGCCCGUCCCCCAGGGGCGCGGCCAGCCGGGAGGGCUCGCCAGCCAGGAGCAGCACGCCGGUGCCCCCGGCCUCGCCUCUGCGUGUGCACACCGUCGUGGACAAGCCGCAGCCACCUGCGACCCAUCGCGGACCCUCGCCUGUCCCCCAGCCGGAGAGCAAACCGGAAAGCAAGGCCGGCCCGGCCGGACCAGAUCUCCUCCCGGGGCACAUCCCCAUCCAGGUGAUCCGCCAGGAGGCAGAGCCGCAGCCCGCCCCCCAGAAACCCGCGCCCCCCGCAGAGAAGGUGGAGGUGAAGGCGCCCUCGGCCCCGGCCCCGGCCCCGGCCCCAGGGCCCUCGGGCCCCGCUCCCCCUGCACCUUCUGCUCCCCCCAAGAACGUGGUUCCAGAAGAGAGAGCGGCCCCCAGCCCUGCCCCCGCCGAGGCCACCCCCCCCAAGCCUGGCGCCGCCGAGGCCCCCCCUAAGCACCCGGGCGUGCUGAAGGUGGAGGCCAUCCUGGAGAAGGUGCAGAGGCUGGAGCAGGCUGUGGACAGCUUUGAAGGCAAGAAGACGGACAAAAAGUACCUCAUGAUCGAAGAGUACUUGACCAAGGAGCUGCUGGCCCUGGAUUCCGUAGACCCCGAGGGGCGAGCUGACGUCCGCCAGGCCCGGAGAGACGGUGUCCGGAAGGUGCAGACCAUCUUGGAAAAACUGGAACAGAAAGCCAUUGACGUCCCUGGCCAAGUCCAGGUCUAUGAACUCCAGCCGGGCAACCUGGAGCCGGACGCGCCGCUGCAGGAGAUCAUGGGUGCCGCAGCCGCAGACCCGGGUGCCAAGGGCCCCGGAGACGGAGGGGUGCCCCCGGCCGACCCCCCGCAGCCGGAAGCCAAAGAAGAAGCGGCCGCUCCAGAGCCCGCCAGAGACUCGGCUGGUAACCCCGCAGCACCGUAGUUCCGCGCUGCCAUCAGAUUUCCCCGGAAAACGGGCCGGCCGUGUGCUUUAGGGAGUGGAAGUUGCAUGCAUUUCAGAGACUUGAGACCGGUUGGUUUUUACUACUUCAUAGGCGCUAGGUCUGCAGUUACUUGGGUAGAGGCAAAAGGCACUAAUAAAGGAAAGGACAAGAGGAGGAGAACGCUUUUCUUCUGUACUCUUAACUCUGUGCAAUAAAGAAGUUUCCUGUUUGAGA